GAUCCUGGUCCAGUGUCUCUCUGAGCCACACAGCGAGCGAUCUCAGCGAAGCCAUGGGUCAUGGCGAGCGCGACUCCCAGUGAGAUUGUGGAUAGUGAGCUGCGCUGCUCCAUCUGCCUGGACACGUUCGUCUGCCCCUCCACGCUGAGCUGCGGACACUCGUUCUGCCUCUGGUGCCUGAAGGCCGCCUGGAAGACGGCGAGCAGCUUCAGCUGCCCGCAGUGCCGAGCGACCUUCCCUGUGCGACCCCAGCUGAGGAAGAACGUGGCCCUCGCCAACCUAGCGGAGCAGCUCAGAGUUGGGGACAGGAUGGCCGCGGCCGUCGUGUGUGACAUCUGCGGUGACGGCCUGACUCCUGCAGUGAAGACCUGCCUGAGAUGUGAGAUGUCCUACUGUUUUUCUCACUUUAGGCCUCACCUGAAGAAUCCCAGGUUGAGAGACCACGCUGUGGUGGAUCCCACUGCAAGCUUGGAUGAGCGAAUAUGUCCUAAUCACAAAAAGGAGUUGGAAUUCUACUGCACAGUAGACAGCAGCCUGGUCUGCUCAACUUGCACUAUCGCAGGAAAACACACAUGGCACAAGGUCCUGACGCUGAAGGACGAACACAAGACACGGAAGAAGCGCAUAGAGGAGGAGACGCGAGCGGUGGAGGAGAAGAGGAAGAAGGCGGAGGAGUCCGUGAAGCGGAUGGAGGCCGCUCGCAAGGAGGAGCAGGAAAAAGUUCCAAAAGGAAUCUGCACCCGCACCUGCCACUUCACUGGACGUCACCACGAUCCGCUCCCUUGAAAGAGUCGUCUGUAUGACAGCUGUUGCCAUCUAUAACUACCAAGCAGUCGGCGACGAUGAGCUCUCCUUCGACCCGGACGACAUCAUCACCAACAUCGAGUGUCUGGACGAGGGCUGGUGGCGUGGCGAGUGCAACGGUCAAGUCGGGAUGUUCCCGGCGAACUACGUCGUGCUGCGGCAGUGAUUCCCGGGGGGCGAUGUCAUCCUCUUUUCCACUCACGACGCCUGAGCCGUGCUGGGGUUGUCUUGAGCCAGCCUUGCACCGCUCAGGAGACACCGGGUGGUUUAUCAACUGCAGAGCCCGAGCCAUCUAGAUGACACGGUGACGAUAAACUUAAACUAAACUAAAUCUUGACUUAAAGCUUUCGUGAUUGCAGGAAUUCAUAUUCUUUGGGUCUUUCGGUAAAGUCACGUAGAUAGGUUAAAUUUUUUUCCAAAAACUACGACGUUUCGAUCGCAACAAAAGUUCUCGUCAUCAGGUGGAGAAGAUUUUUUCCUAACCUAUCUACGUGACUUUACCGAAAGACCCAGAGAAUAUAAACUAAACUAUUUUUAUUUCACCAGGUAAGGCCCACUGAGCUAUUUAGCUCUUUUUUUCAGAAGCGACCUGGCAACAAAUGAUAGCCCAACAAAGUGGCUUAUCACGUGGAAAUUAAUAGCAGCCAAAUACUCUAGAAUGCAUAUUUGUAAAUGUGGAGGGAAAAACCGGAGGAUCCAGAGAAAAAUCUAAACGAGCACGGAGAGAACAUGCAAACUCCAAAUAUUCAGGCGUCAGGGUCGGGAUUGAACCCACGACCGCCUGUACAUCGGGCGAGGCAGUAAACAUGUUGUCACUGUGGCACCGGUGUGCUGAUUUCACGGUGUGUUGACUGACAUCACAUCUGGAUCUGGCCGCAUCCAGAUGGGAGGUAUCUCGAUUUUGGUUACGGCUAGGCACGGUAAAUAGCCGAUGGAAAACCACCUGUACUCCGAGACCCCCCCCCCCACACUGGCUCGGCUCGGAUGUGGCAGUGAAAAGAGGUCAAAUUAGAGGCAACAAAUCAUAUUGGUGGGAGGGGCGGUGGGGGAAGAAAUUAAUAUACUAUAUUUUAGUGGUGAAAGCAACAUACCAGUGUGUCUGAAGAGUAUAGUUUAAAAUCCAUGUAUAUUAUGACCUGCCAUUACAUGGGAUCAGAGACGAGGAAAUUCAUAAAGGUGAUGGGAAGAGAGACUGAAAAGUGUGUAGCGAAUAUCAGGAAAAAGUGUAUAGUCCUACUUUUAGUUCUUUCGGUAAAGUCACGUAGGUAAAAAAUGAAAUUAAAAUUUAUAAAAAAUAAAAUAAUAAAAAUCACGACGUUUUGGAGGCAACACAAGUCUCCGUCAUCAGGUGGGACCGUCACAGCCAGAUUUGCUGCAUCAAGUGAGGCAGGAAUUAAAGAUGCAAGCUCUUAAACACAAGUUAAGGGAGAGGAGAGGGGGGGGGCACCACGUUGUAGCAAUGAUCGGCAAUGGCGGAAGACUCAAUUUUGCCGUGUUUGGUCAUGCCGUGCCGGCCUUCAUAAGUGCUACUCGCUAACAGCACUUGCUCCUACAGUCUGUUAAGGCUAUAGGGGGGAUCUUUGUCUUUGAUGGUGAUGAUGGCCGUGGUGGUGUUGUUGGUUAGCGCGCUGUGCUUUGAACCCGGCGACCCAAGUUUCGAUUCCUGCUCACGGCCAACACCAAUGGCGAUUAUCUGAAGCGGUCCUGGGCUUCCCCUAGGUCGACUCAGCCUCAAAUUAGUACCUGGUGCUGUGUGUAAACAUCACCACUGGGGAGACAAAGGUCGUGUUGCUGGCUACCCACACCCUCGUGCGCAUUGUCAGCUUUCAUAGAUGCUCGCUCACCGCACCUACUCCAUGAAAGAAGUGCCACACUGCUGCCCGAGAAGAAAUGGGACAAAUGAGAGAGUACGACCCCGAUCUAGAGAACAAUUAGCCUUGAUCAAAAUGCUUUAAUACUUAUAAAUGUUUUAACUUUUGUCUAUAAUUCGUAAAAUAUAAUUUGGUAACAAUAUUUGAUGCCACUAUAAAGUACUAAAUAAAAUAUAUUUUUAAAACUUAUUUUUUAAAACACACUUUUAUGAAAUGUACUAAAACUUUUAAAAUACAAUUUUCUGUUCAAGUACUUUGCAUUAUAUAUGUUUCAUAUACUGUUGUUGUAACUGACUCUAAAUAAAAGGGUGGGGCGCUCAUAUUAAUGUAUUUAAAACUUUCGGUAACAAUUACAACAUAUGAGCAGUUUCUUCCCAUUGUAAAAGCAUAAAUAUUUACUAAACAAACCGCCUUAUAAAUUUAACCUUGUAAUUAUAACAUAUUAACAACAUAGGCGCAGUUACUUUACAUUGCAGCAACAACAGCAGCAGCUGCGGCAACAACAGCAGCAGCUGCGGCAACAACAGCAGCAGCUGCGGCAACAACAACAGCAGCUGCAACAACAACAGCAGCAAGAUGGCGGCGGCGUGUGCGGCCGCGUGUGCGUUGUGCUGCAUGGGUGUGGGCUGUGCGUGAGAGUGGGUGAGGGUGAGCUGCGUGUGAGUGAGCUGUGUGUGUGUUUAACUUUAGUGUUUUAAAGAUGUCAAUUCACCUGCUGUGUAUCUUACUACUGUCCCUCCCGGCCAUAUCUAGUGCCACACUCAACUCUACAAACGGCUACCCGCGUUACUUCGCGUCAAUACUUAUUGCUAAAUUUGCAACUACACCUGCUAAUGAAACAACUUAUAGACACUUCUACACUCCAUCAUUAUAUCCUUUUAAACCCUAUCUUUGUCCCAUUACUUCACCAGCACUCCUUCCAAACUUCAUUCUGCUCUUAAAAAUAACACCAUCUGCGAGCUGCUGCUAUUCGUCCAAGGUUCGUCGCUCUUCAUCCUUUCACAGAAAAUACCUGUGCAAACUAUUAAUUCUACUUUUCUUAUUUCUGGGUGGUAUUGAGCUUCACCCUGGACCAAAUGUAAAGAACUCAUAUAAUUCUGUAAAUUUUUCUGGCAGAAAAGGUGUUGGUGUUCUACAUGUCAACAUCAGAGGGCUUUUGAUUAAAUUAAGUCAACUAAAACUAGAAGUAGCAAAUCUUGACCCGGACAUAUUUUGCCUAACAGAAACAUUUCUCAUUCCUGCCGUCAAUGACUUGCAGAUUACGAUUGACAACUACAAUCUUUUUCGGCUUGACCGAGGAUCUAAAGGAGGUGGAAUUGCCAUCUAUGUUCGUAAUACUAUUGCAUGUUCACCAGCUCACUCCUUGUUUAAAAAAUGUUGCUUUGAAGGUCUGGCUCUCAGAAUAACUCUCCCUAAUAAUCAACACAUAUUGGUAGUGUGCUGCUAUAGACCGCCUAGUGGGAAGGAUGUUGAAGCUGCAUCUGCACUGAGAGAGCUUCUUGGGGGCCUCCCUUAAGGUGAAAUAGUUUUAGUGGGUGAUCUAAAUUGGAAUUGGCUAAACCCGCCGGCCGUGGCCACACAUUUUGCAGAUGAAUUUAACCUGUUUCAAUUAAUAAAUGUCCCCACAAGACCCAACCUAAAAAAUCCGGGACAGUCAUCUCUGCUUGACGUCCUAUUGACAAAUGCCCCUCACAAUUUCGCACUGACUGGUGUUCUAGGUAAUAACCUUAGUGAUCACUCCUUCAUUUUUGGGGUGAGAUCAUCAGCCAGACCCAAAGCCCCCCCUAAAUUAGUUGAGAAGCACUCCAUGAGACACUUCAGCACUCAGGCAUUUACUAAUGAUGUGCUUCACUCGGAUAUUGACAAGGUCUGUGAUAUUCCAAACCUGACUACGGCUUGGGAGACCUUCAGGUACACGUUUCUCCAAAUUCUUAACAAACAUGCUCCGUUGGUUAAAUUUAAAACUAAAGGCAACCAUCCACCAUGGUUUGAUCCUUUAAUUACAAAGCUCAUGAAAACUAGGGACAAGGCUUGGGCAUGUGCUCAGAAAAGUAAUUUGGUCAAUGACUGGCUAGAAUACAGGAUUUUAAGGAAUAGAUGCGUCAAAAAAAUACGGCAUGCAAAAAAUAACUACUUCUCUUCCACUCUCCUUGAAUCUCAUGGAAAUGCCAGGAUUUACUGGAAAACAAUCAAAUGUAUCGAAAAGGCAUCCAAAACAGAUCAUCUGCCCGUUCAGCUUAACCGAAAUGAGGAAUAUUUUUCAGAUCCCCAAAAAAUAGUUGACAAUUUUAACCUUCAUUUUUCUGAAGCUGGUACCCUAUUUGAUAAUGUAUUGGGAGUCACCCCUGCUCAUGCAAAUUCCUACACCCCUAUCCAAACAUUAAGCGAAUUUAGUUUUCCGCCAAUCCACGAAAGUAAUGUUCUGAAACAACUGUCCUACCUCAAAGGGUCCUCCUCUAACGGAGCAGAUAGUAUUCCCGUCUUUGCUCUACUAAGUGUUGGUCACCUAAUAUACAAACCUAUAGCCCAUAUUUUCAACCUGUCCAUCAAAGAAGCAUCAGUUCCUCUAGAAUGUAAACAUUUCUAUGUUCGUCCACUUCACAAAGCGGGCCCUAAAGAUGAUCCAAAUAACUACCGACCUAUCUCAAUUUUGUCCCCGUUGAUGAAAAUUUUUGAAAAAUUAUUGACCUACCAAAUUAGCAGUUUCCUGUCCGCCAACAAUCUAUUGCAUCUAAAACAACCUGGGUUCCGAAAAAAAUACAGCACCACAUCUGCUGCAUUAGACUCUCUGAAUCACAUUUACAGUAGCCUUGAUAAUAAGCAGUACUGCGCCUGUCUUUUUCUUGACUUGUCCAAAGCUUUUGAUACAGUAGACCACAACAUCCUGCUUAGUAAAAUAAGUUGCCUCGGUUUUUCCGAAAACACAGUAAAAUGGUUAAAAAAUUACCUCUUUUCUCGCACCCUAACUGUAUUCACAGAGGGUUGGAGGUCAAACAGUGUUAAGAUAAAAAAAAAGGGGUUCCACAGGGUUCCAUUCUCGGCCCCCUCUUGUUCUCUCUUUAUGUAAAUGACUUGGGCACUGAACUGGAUUAUUCCAGGGUAAAUCUUUUUGCAGAUGACACGGUACUAAUUACUGCUGGCCGCUCUCCGGAUGACGUGAUUGCUAAGCUCCAGAGUGAUUUCAACAAACUACAACAUCAGCUAGUUGCUCUUAAACUAGUCCUAAAUCCUGCCAAAACCAAGGUGCUAUGCUUCUCACCAGGACUAAAGUGGGAAGUUAUUUUUCCCCAAUUACAUACCUUAAAUAAUGAUCAAAUAGAGCAAGUCAAGAUCUAUAAGUAUCUUGGGGUCAUCCUGGAUUCAAAACUGAAUUUUGAAGAUCACAUUGAUUAUAUUGGGAAAAAGACAAAAAUUAAAAUUGGUUUUCUAUAUCGACACAAGCACUGCUUCCCCCCUAUGUUCCGUUUGGAAUUGAUUAAAGCUACCAUACUGCCUCUACUUGAUUACUGUGACAUUGUGUAUAAAUCAGCCCCAAGUACUGUACUGAAGAAGCUUGACUCAAUGUAUCACUCGGCCUUAAGAUUUGCAUUGAACUGCCCAUAUAGGACUCACCACUGUGAUCUCUACAUUGGGUCAAACUUAACAUCUCUGAAUGUUCGACGGCUUGUGCACCAGAUCUUAUUUAUUCAUGAUGUACUUGCAAAAAAAUCUGCAGAUUACCUGCUGGAUCUCGUCUCUGUUUCAAAGAACAAAUUUGACCUAAGGUCUACACUCAUUUACCAGCUUAAUAUUCCCUAUUGCCGUACAUAUACUGGAGGAAGGGCCUUUGCUAUUGAUGCCCCCAGGGUCUGGAAUGCUGUUGCAAAUAAAUUGAAACUUGAGUCACUACCUAUGAGAUCUUCACUCAAAACUGCUCUAGAGGAGUUGUACACCCCUAGCUGCCAGUGCUAUUCAGUGACCUAAAAUAAAAUGUUUCGCUCCGGAUGAUCGCUACAAAGUAUGACCUGUGUUUUGAUUUAGUGUGCUGAUCUUAAAGGUGCAUUGAAAAAUUACAAUACUCCGAUUGAUGCUCCUGCUGUUGUGGAGUGACUCAUGCAGCCAGCUAUGGCUGCAGGGUUUUGGUAGUACAUGUUGUUUAUGCCAUUUAUUGUGAAAAUUCCGUCACAGUUCCUAUGAUUGCUUUUUCAUUGCUUUCAUGGCUUUAUUUUGGUGAUUUCGAAAAGUGUAUUGGUUUAGCCAUGUUUGUUUGUUGUAGUACAGAGUUAGAAUGAUGGCCUUAAUCUAAGCUGUCUUGUGGUUGUUGUUGUUGUUUGACUUGCAUCCCACUGAGAUUUUUGCACACAGUGUUGGUGUACGGUGUUUUUUCUGCAAUAUUUUUGCUGUCUUUUCUUGGAUUUUCUGUUUGCACUUAGUCACAUAUUCACUUUAAGAUGUUUUUUGUUCAUGUUUUUGUUUUUUGUUUGUUGCGGUUGCACCCGAUUCAAGAGCUGAAUGGCUCACAGGGCUAUACCUAAUAUAUGAACUUGAACUUGACAAUUCAGACAUUACAUGUUAACAAAUAUAUACGGCUUACAAACUUAACGUCUCAAUUACAACCUAUUAACAACAUAUGACCAGUAAAUAUGCAUUGUCAAUGCACACAUAUUCACACAAAAAACGGCUUUAAAACAAAACAUUUUAAUUACAACAUAUUAAAUUUCGAUUUAAAGCUUUCGUGACUGCAGGGAUUCAUCUUACUGGUUCAUUCGGUAAAGUCACGUAGAAGGAAAAUACGGCUGCUUGCGUUGUGGCCGAAACGUCGUGAGAAUUAUUUUAUUAUGUUUUAUUUUAUUUAUUUUAUUAUUUUCCUUCUACGUGACUUUACCGAAAGAACCAAGGAGAUACAACAUAUUAACAAGAAAUGCAUACAUUCACAAAAAUUAACGGCCUAAACACAUCACGUCUAAAUUACAACAUAUAUACUAUAUAUGACCAUUUACUUUCCAUUGUCAAUCCUGACAUAUUAGCAAACCAAAACGCCAUACAAACUUACAGUUGGAAUUACAACAUAUUAACUACAUAUGGACAGUUACUUUGCAUUGCCAAUUCAGACAUUAACAAAAAUAAACGGCUUUAAAACGUACACGUUUACAUUACAACAUAUGACCAACAUAUCACCAGUUACUUGCGAUUGUCAAUCGAGACAUUCACAAACAUCAACGCAUGAAAAACUGUACGUUACAAUAAUAAGAUAUUAACUACAUAUUAACAGUUACUUUGCAUUCUCAAUGCAGACAUUCCCAAAAAUAAACGGCUUAAAACCUUACUUUCAAAUUACUACAUAUGUAAUAAGAGCCUAUGUCCGGCUCACGUGGUGAUCGGCUCUGCCGGUCCUGCUUCACAGCCAAUGGGGGGAGAGCCUGGGAGCAUGGCCCUGGCGUGAUCAAGGGGUGCCAGCUAGGGUGAUUGGUUCUGCUGGUCUUGGCCUCAGCCAAUGGGAAGAAAAGUCAGGGGCAUGGUCUCGGGAGUUGAUGGGGAAUCUAGAAGAUUCAGCGCAGGCUACCAAGGAUUGGCUGGAGCAUACCACGUGACCCAGGCAUUAAAUAAGGGGGGAGAUGAACGACACGUGGUCAGACGAAGAACGAAGGAAGAGAGGGGCCACGCGCGAGCGGGGCUCCGAGUGUUACGUGGCGGUGCGUCUCUUGUGGUCUGUCUGCCCACUUGCCGUUGCCUGCCAGCAGCGGGGAGUACUUGUGAACUGGAAUAAAUAAAAGAACCGAUUCCACAAGUCGUCUCCAAGAGUAUUAUUACAUUGGUGUCAGAAGUUCUUCUGGGACCGUUUGGACGAUCUUCAAGAUGUCCAAGCACCUCAGAAAGAAGAACCCACCCGACCCUCCAUCGGAGGAAGUUGUGGAGAUGGACGAGGACGAUCUGCUGGGAGCUACGGCUUCUCUGCCUCCGGCUGCUGCUCUCCUCGACGCCGUUCAUCGCCGAUGGGAGGAAGAAACGACCACCUCA